GGCUGGUGCCAGGCUGCGAAGAUGAAGCUGUCCAGUGUCAUCCCUUGGGCCUUGCUGCUCAGCACAGCCACACUGGUUUCAACAGAAUCGGAUGAAGACACUAGAAAAUGUGGGGGCGUCCACAGAGACUUCUCUGGGAGGAUCUCCAGCAGUUUCUCAUGGGGGCCAAAGUGUACCUGGACCAUCCUCUUGAAGAGCGGUUAUACAGUUGUACUGACAAUUCCAUUUCUCAGCCUCAACUGUAAUGAAGAGGAUGUGGAAAUCAUAGACGGGCUGCCGGACAGUACUACAUUUGGGAAGUUCUGUUCAGGGGGACCCCUGGUGUUUAAAUCUUCUUCCAAUGUCAUGACCGUGAAAUACUACAGAAGUUCCAACCAGCCAGUAUCUCCUUUUGAUAUAUUUUACUACGAGCGUCCAUCAGCUUAGUGAUCGUGCUCACACCUAAGAGUGGACAAGUGUUGCCGAUGAAAACAAUCUUCCUGGAAGACUCUUCUGGAACCAGCUGACCACGAGGAGGGACACAUCUUGGUCACCUGUCUGAUCACACCUGCCCAUCCCAUCCCGUCUCCUCCAUUCUUUUCCAGCCUUCUGUCUCUUCCCUGCAAAGGAAGAUUGCUUACUCCUGAGUGUUCGAUACUUGCCGGUCUUGUGGUUCGGUCAUUCCGCUUGUCUUUAUAAUCAUUUUGAAUAAAGUCUCUUUACCUGA